UCUUGAAACAGGUUUUGGUAGUGAUAUUUUAGCUUAAAUAAUGUUUCACUUCAAUACAACGUGUUUAUUCAUUAGUCUUUAUUUAAGCAUACCGGAGAAAAAUGAACGGGACUACCCAAGUAAAUGGAAAUUCAAUGCGACCAAUUCUGCAUAGCGGGUCUUUCCCGACAAAUAAAGGAAAAAAAUCUUUAACACUAAUUUUUUCACCAGAGAUAGAAGGUGUUGGAACAUUAGCCGAAGCCUUAAGGCUAUUCAAGGAGUUCAAUGUAAACCUAUUGCAUAUUGAGUCUCGGUCGUCAGUGAGGAUUCCUAAUGGAUAUGAGUUUUUUGUAGAAUGUGCACCCGGAGGCGACGUUGACGGAGUUGUUGAGAUGUUAAAAAAAACCAUGGCUUAUUGUUCAGUGGUUUCCAGUACUGGUGAUACCGGAAAGUCCGAUGAUUAUAUCCCAUGGUUUCCUCAAAGAAUUAGAGAUCUUGAUAAAUACGCCAAUCAAAUACUUUCAUACGGAUCAGAACUGAAUGCCGACCAUCCAGGUUUUACAGAUCCGGUGUAUAGGGCUCGGAGGAAGUACUUUGCAGAUAUUGCAUUCAAUUACAAGCAUGGGCAGCCCUUACCACGCAUCGAUUACACUAAAGAAGAGACAGAAACUUGGAGUAUUGUUUUCAAAGAGCUUGUCAGUUUAUAUCCAACUCAUGCUUGUAAUGAAUAUAAUCACAUAUUUCCUUUAUUGGUUGAAAAUUGUGGAUAUAGAGAGGAUAAUAUUCCACAACUUGAAGAUAUCUCUAAUUUUUUAAAAGAUAGUACAGGUUUUACCUUAAGACCUGUGGCUGGGUUGCUUUCAUCUAGAGACUUUUUAGCUGGAUUGGCAUUUAGGGUAUUCCAUUCUACGCAGUACAUUAGGCAUCAUAGCCGACCUUUGUAUACUCCUGAACCAGAUGUAUGUCAUGAACUAUUAGGACACGUUCCUUUAUUUGCUGAUCCGGAAUUCGCUCAAUUCUCUCAAGAAAUUGGAUUGGCGUCUCUGGGAGCACCCGACGAAUACGUAAAAAAACUAGCAACGUGUUAUUGGUUCACCGUCGAGUUUGGUUUGUGCCGUCAAAACGGUCAGCUCAAAGCUUACGGCGCUGGUUUGUUGUCUUCAUUCGGAGAGCUUCAAUACUGUUUAUCUGAUAAACCGCAACUAAAGCCUUUCGAUCCAGAGGUUACAGGUUGUCAAGAGUAUCCGAUUACUGAAUAUCAGCCUUUGUACUUUGUGGCUGAAAGUUUUGAAAGCGUCAAAUACAAAAUGAUCCAAUUUUCCAAGACAAUACCCAAGAAAUUUGGGGUUCGUUACAGUCCAUACACCCAAAGUGUACAGAUUUUGGAUUCGAAACUCCAAAUACAAGAAUUAGUGAAAAAUAUCAACACUGAAUUGCAAAUAUUGUGUUACACGUUGAAUAAAAUUGUUUAAGUUAUUA